UAAUUAUAUGCAUUAUAUCCCAAAAUAUGUUCUCUUUCGCACAAUGUAGAGAGACUUAAAGAGACAGUUUACCGUAUCAAGAAAUGAAAGAAAAACGCAAAGUUAUUUAUUAAAACAUGGUCCUGGAGGGAAUACAUGGUGUUUAUUUUAAGCGUCACAUCAUACAUAACACUGCUUUCUAGUCUGCACUAGAAAACCCCAAUCUGCCUUCCUGUCCAGCUAGAAAAUAAUAAUUGCUUCUUCCUCGGCUGACUAGUUUCUAUGUCGAUAUGCGAUCGGCGCGCCUUUCAUUUUUCUUUGAUGAGUCACGUGCCGGCAAGUUUUCAACAUUGGGCAGGCUAUGAAAAAAAUGAAGUCAACUAGCCGUCCAUCUUCAGCCAUGUCAAAACAAGCGACAGAAACACCAAACAAACCACCAUCACGCCGCGAGCGACAACAAUGCUGGAAAGUUCGAGACGAGUACUUUGCUUGUCUGGAAAGCUGUGGCAUUCUUGAUCCUGAAGCGAUGAACACCAAAGACACUGUUCGGGAAAAGGGAAAGGCUUGCUUAGACAAGAAAAAACAAUACGAAGAUACUUGUAUGGCCAGUUGGGUGGAGUAUUUCAAUAAGCGCCGAGUGCUCGAGGAGCGUCAGCGCAAGUACCUGGAGCUUGCAAAGGAGCAAAGCGGCAAGCAAUAAAUGUACACACAUUCAGCAUAGAAAGAGCCGACGUGCUCGCCCCCCGCCCUGUGAAUAUUUCCAAAAAUA